CCACGUGACGGUAUUUAACCAUGAGGCUGAUGUUGGCUUGGGCUGGGCACGAGCAGAUGAACAGUGCGCAACAGGCGGGACGCUGCUAGGAGUUGACUCCCCCUGUGACUCCUCAAACUUUGAGAUGAGAAGAGUUCUUUUUCAUCAAUUCUGUACUUCAGUUUAGUCUUUUUUAUUGUGUUCAGACAUACUUUGAAGAACUCAUCUGGAAUAAGUCUUUUAACCUCAAAAAUGGAGAGGGGAGCAUCUGUGGAACUUUGUUGGCGCUUUAACAAGUUGAUGUCAAUUCUCGCUUGCAUAUGGUGUCAGAUGAGCGUCAGCGCGGGAUACAACUUGGAUGUUGAUCAUUCACUUAAUUUCAAUGGACCAAACGGAUCUCUUUUUGGAUAUUCUGUGUUGCUUCACGAGAAUGACAGGCAAGCUUGGUUAGUAGUGGGAGCUCCAGUCGCUGAUUCAAAAUUCAACAAGGUCAAAAAACCUGGAGCAAUCUAUAAAUGCACUGUUUCAAACAAGGGCAACUGCGAGGAAAUGAUUGUUGGCAAUACUGCUGAGGGUGGAUACUGUGGCAAAACCUGCGCGUCAGAGAGCAUGAACCAGUGGCUGGGAGUGAGUCUGUCGAGAGAGCCGAGCAGCGGUACUGUGAUGGCUUGUGGACAUCGUUGGAAAAAUGUCUAUUAUUCCAAGUCAGAGAACCACAAGUUGCCACAUGGCAUAUGCUUCAAGCUCGAGCCCGGACUGGACAAAUAUGCUCAACUGACUCCAUGCUACAGAGAUCACCAGCGAAAAUUUGGUGAGGACUAUGGGUCCUGUCAAGCAGGAAUGUCAAAUUUUAUGACAGAGGACUUGAUUAUAAUGGGAGCCCCUGGAACGUCAUAUUGGACUGGGUCUGUUCUGGUCUAUAAUUCGUCAAGCAAUGUCCUAUCCGCAUAUCUGGACGAAGACAGCAUUGUUCUCUACGGCAGCUAUCUUGGUUACUCUGUGGGUGCAGGACACUUCCUCAGUCCACACAGCACAGAGGUCGUGGGUGGGGCACCCCAGCAUGGGCAGACUGGUAGUGCAUACAUAUUCCAGACUGAAGGGAACAUUCUGAAAAUAGUCGAGACGAAUCUCAAAGGCAGCAAGCUUGGGUCCUACUACGGGGCGAGUGUGUGUGCCGUGGACCUGAACGCAGACGGCCUCUCAGACCUGCUGGUGGGGGCUCCCAUGUACAGCACCGUACGGGAGGAGGGGCGAGUGCACGUCUACAUCAACCAAGGCCAGGCGGACAUGAAGGAGAUGGAAUUUGCUUUAGUGGGGAGUGCCGCGUACGCCGCACGCUUUGGAGAGACCAUCACUAAUCUCGGGGAUAUUGAUGACGAUGGCUUUUCCGACGUGGCAGUGGGAGCCCCUCAUGAGGAGGACCUGCAAGGCGCUAUAUAUAUCUACAAUGGGAGGAAGAAUGGCAUCAGGCAGAGCUUUUCUCAAAGAAUCACAGGAAAAAUUUUGGGCAACACCCUCAAAAUGUUUGGCCAGUCCAUCUCUGGAGGCAUUGAUGUUGAUGGCAACGGUUUCCCAGAUGUUGCUGUUGGUGCGUUCCUCUCAAAUGCAGCAGUGGUACUUCGCACACGCCCUGUGGUAAAGGUGGAGGCAUCACUUCUGCUGCCGGACAGUGUGAACCGCUCCCUGCCCCUCUGCUCCGAGAACGGCCAGCGCGCCGUCUGCGUCUCCGCCAGAUUGUGUUUCAACGUCACGGGCCGCCGCCUCGACGGACGCAUCAAACUGCGCUACAACCUUACUGCUGAUGUGCAUCACAAAGAAGGCUUCCCCUCACGCUUCUAUUUCCAUGGCAAUGGAACCUCCAACAUUACCACCGGCCAGGUCUGGGCCAAAACUGGGGCGCUCGUCUGUGAGACCCACCAGGCUUUCAUGAGGAAAGACAUCCGUGACAUCUUCACUGCCAUUCAUUUCGAGGUGCGGUAUGAACUGGGGGAACACAGCACCGCGAGGGCAGGAUCCCGCAACUUCCCCCCGCUCAAGCCCAUGCUGCAGCAGACAGGAGAGCACAACAACCUAGUGAUCGAGAAGACUGAGUUUGCUCGAUACUGCGCCUGGGAAAACUGCUCCACCAACCUGCAGGUCUCAGCACACCUGGUCUUACCCCAGAGCUACAAAAACAUGUCAUACUUUGCUCUGGGGUCUGGAAAGACCAUCAUGCUCAACACGACGCUGUUCAACGCAGGAGACGACGCCUUCCUUCCCAAGAUGCACCUCAGAUUCCCCAGCAAUCUGCACUACAUUAAAGUCCUGGACGCCGAGGAGAAAUAUGCCAGCUGUGACAUUGUGGAGGAAAACAAAACCACCAUUGGACUGGACUGCAACGUGGGCAAUCUGUACCUCCCAGCGCUGGCUAAGCUCAACAUCAGCUUUCUGUUGGACGUGACCCAGAGCAGUCCUGAGAAUAUGACCAUCAGUAUCUACACAGCAAGUGAUAAUUAUGAAAAUGAGGACCUUCUACAUGACAACACUGCCACCCUUUCUUUACCUUUGAAAUAUGGCGUCGACCUUACUGUUCAUGGUUAUGUUUCUCCAACAUCAUUUGUAUUUGGAGACCAAGAACCCAUACCAGUUGACUGCUACAUGGAGAAGUUAAAUUAUACAUACAAGGUUGUAAAUCUUGGUCCGAGUAAAUCUGUCAACACAAAAGUGGAAAUUGAUAUUCCUCAAUCCCUUGCCCCAUACGAGCACCAGUUACUGAGGAUUGCUGAGCUUCGGUCAUCAUCUGGAGAAUGCGUUGUGAGGAAUGACACACUUUGGACAACUGAUGACUGUGAUGUCCCCAAAUCUGCAUUCCUCUACGAGCUGGUCUUCUUCCUCUCCAAAGUCAGCAAACGCAGAAUGUACUGCUCCAGAGGGGACAGCCUGUGCAUGACUGUGGAGUGUAACCUGGGAGAUCUGGAAAUGGGCAAGGAGGUGUCCAUUCAGAUAGGGGUGGAGCUGAACCCCACCGUUCUCCAGAUCAUGCCCGGAAGACAUGGAGUGAUGCUUUUGGAAAGCCUGACCAUCGUCACCUCUCCUAGGACCGACCCUAACACCUUUUUGCUGCAAGACCACAUCUCUGCUUCGGUCCUGGUGGAGGCCCAUCACAACCAGAAGCCCAACCUGUACGUGGGCGUGUUCAUCAUCGUGUUGAGUCUGAUCAUUGGCCUGAUCAUCUUGCUCUUGCUCAUUGUGAUGCUAUGGAAGGCUGGAUUCUUCAAGAGGAGUUUGAAGGAGAAGCAGGACGAUCUCCGAAGGGACAGCUGGGACUAUGUGCCAAAAAGCGAGACUUGUUCAUAAUUGAGAGGCAAUGUCUUAUGCCACGGACAAGACUCCCAAAACCAUGUGGAAAAAAAGACUAGGAGACAAGGGAAACAACAUGGACUGUUGCUCCAUUGUGACAAUAGCCCAGAAGCAUGGAGGCAAAAACACCACUGAUAUGAUUGUUAAAUGGUAGAAUAAUUGUGCCAAAAAUGCAAGAAAGCAUCUCCUAAUUGAAUCCUGGCAAGAGAAAUGAUUUGGAGAUUUCUGUCAGUGCGAACGACAAAAUGCACUUUAGUGUUGGAACGCUUGAGUUGGAAUGAGCUGUUCUGGCUGUUCUUGCCAACAGUGCAUUCCACUCUUCCUUCCGGCAUUUUCCAUUUUACUAUUUGAACAUGAAGGGCUAUUCAUUCGUACCUGCUGUAAAAGACUAUUCUUUUUUUUCUUUUUCUUUUGUUGAAUGCACUGUUGAAAUGUCAACCAUGUUGACCACCCCCCCUUUCACCAAUUAUUCACUCAUUUUGAAACUGCAUAAUGAAGAAGUACAACUCCUCACACCUACAAAAGCACACAAUGCACGAUGCAAAAGUGAAAAACUUGUUCUGAAACUGCCACUUCUUCCUGUUUCUGGUUGAACUGAGGUUCCUCUGAGGUUUGCUGCACUGCACUACACGCCACAUAGCAGAGGCCUCUGCCACUUCUGCACCACUGGCAGGACAUCGGAGGGGGCCACUCCUGCCCGCCACCUAUCCCCCAACUGAAGGGUGCCAUGGGGAGUGUGCAUAGGGCUGCUUCUCUGAGAUGACGGAUGUGAAGCAACAUUGGAUGUGGUGUCUUGUGAGUUGACUUGGCCGGCGGCCGGUGUCUCUGUAUCACACACUGUUGCAGAGGUGGCUGCAGCGCGGUGGCGAUGGCACGAGCUGUCAUGGCAGUGGGGUGGCAAAAUGUGACCAGAGACAUGCAGCACAAAGUUAUACACGGGACACAAGCGCCAUAGGACAACACAAAAACAAAAAAAACAACUUGCCUUACGCAAGCGUCUGUGCCUGAAUGCCACACAGUGCCUCUGGACUCCUAGUGUUGGAAGGUCCAACAAGGACCCUUAACACACACAUGAAUGAGGCCAGUAGGAUCAACUUUGAAAAAAAGAAGAUUGAAAAAAAAAACAAUGACACAAACAGUUGCAAAGUGGAGCUCUGAAACAGAGUUGUUUUGUGCUGUGAUCAUGAGAACGUGAUGUCCCAGGGGAGAUUCCAAAACCUCUACACAGCUGCGCAAAUGAGGGGAUUGAAAAUGGAGUCUUAUCUGUAGAUUAGGAGAGCAGCAAGGACUGUGGUCGGGUUUUUAAGACGCUUGUGUGCAUUUUAAGAUCAUGCUGAUGAAGACAGAGAGAGAAAAUGUAAUUCGAUUUUUCAGGGAAUUGUACAAGAAAUUAUAUUUCAAUUCUUUUUUCUUGAAUUGCUAUUUGGAAGAAGUAAAAAUAUGCAUCAUGCAUAACUCCUCAAAAUACAUAUGUAAAAAAAAAUUCAAUGUUGAUAUUUGGUUGUACUUGUAAGUUAUCAUGCACUGGAAUGCAAUGUGUGUUUAGGUUUUAUAUAAAUUUUGUCUAUUUAAAAAAAUA